UAUUAUAACCUUUUUAAAGUUAUACCAAUAUUUAAUAUUUUUAUAUAAUUUUAUGGGUUUUGUGUAAAUAAAUCUACAACAAUGGGAGAAAAAAUAGUACCCCUGGAGAUGAAUUUAGUACGCUACAGUAAUCCAGUAGCAGUUACAGAACGUGAAGAAAAAAUGGCUAUUAAGAAACUUGAUGAAAAAGAUGGUCUAAUAUCAAAUGAAAAAAUUAAAGAAUGCGAUGAAAUUUUAAAUUGUAUUUUGCCACCAAGAGAAUGGGAAGAAAACGGAAAACAGUGGAGACAAAAAGUUUCAAAUCAACCAGCUACUAGAAUGGAUGUAAUUAAGUUGACAGAAAUGUUAGACAUGAGUUUGCAACAUUUACAGGCACGAGAAACGGGUAUUUGUCCAAUUCGAAGAGCACUCUAUUCUCAAUGUUUCGAUGAAAUAAUUCGCCAGGUCACUAUUAACUGUGCAGAACGAGGCCUUUUGUUGUUGAAAGUCCGUGAUGAACUUAAAAUGACAAUGGAUGCUUACCGGUCAUUAUAUGAGAGUAGUAUUGCUUUUGGUAUACGCAAGUCAUUAUCCGCAGAACAUAAUAAGCUUGACAUGCAAGAUCGAUUAACUGAAUUAGAAGUUGAAAAACAGAAAAUCAAAGAUGACUUAGCAACAGCAAUUGCAAAAUAUGAAAUGGCUCAAAGACAAGGAACUGAACAACGUAUUGCUGAACAACAAAGGCACAAUGAAGAAAUCAAUUUUUUGAAAAGAUCCAAUCAACAGUUAAAAGCUCAGCUUGAAGGAAUUAUAGCUCCGAAGAAAUAAGUUAAAGAAUUUGAGCCACUAAACUACUUAAUUAAAAUAAAUGUAGUUUUUAUGA